AUGCGAGAACGGGAUAUGGAUCGUUCCGAACUUGGUCAACUGCCAGGACAAGACUCAGAGAAGGCAUGUGGUUUUCUGCUUUAUAAAAUUCCAAUCACCUUUUGUUGUGAAAAGAAAGCUCUGAAAAGUGAACUUCUUGCAAAGGAUAAGAUCAUUGAAGACCUAAGCUUCCGAUUAGAGGAAGAAACCAUCUCAAAGGAUUUCCAAAUAGAAGAAUUACAAAAGAAACUCACUACCGUAUCGACAGAAUCUGCUCCUCCGUUUUCGGAAGAAUCCCUGGAUGACAGUUCACUGGAGAAACGCAUUGAAGCUGACCAUAAAAGAAGAGAUUUGGAAGCAAAAUGUGCUGAACUUGAGGGAGAAUUGAAAAAUAUCUCAUUGCAACAGGUCGAGACUUCAGCGCUCACUGCAGAGAUAGCAGAUCUGAAAACCAAAUUGGAAGCGGCAGAAGGUGAAAAGGAAAACUUUAAGCGAUCAUUCGAAGCUGGAAAAGCUGCUAACUCUAAGAUACAAGAAGAAUUAGAGUCUUUACGAGAAGAGCUUAUCUCAGCUAAAGAACAGGCGUCAAAUGAUCGUUUUACUUUUGAAGAACAGCUCACAGCAGUCAAUGAUUUACUUGAUGAUAAGACGAAGAAGCUCGAAAUGGCUGAGACUUUGGCUAGGUCUGCCGAAAAGGAUUUAGAAAAUGUUAGAGUGGAACUCCAGUCUGCGCAAAAAGAGAUUGAAAACCAGAAAAAGGUUAUGGAGUCUCUCACAGCUAACCAAGGAUCGGCUGAAGCAGCGCUCACUGAGAGAGUAGAUGCAAUGGCUAAAGAAUUGCAGGAGAAGGACAAGUCAAUCCUAGCCGUAGAACAAGAUAAGAAAACUCUUGAAGAAGCCUUACAGAUCAACGCGGAUGAGCUGCAGCAGUUGAAGGAUGUGCUUGCAAACCUUGAGAAAGAGAAAGGUGCUGCACAAGAAACUCUAAAUAGAUUAAAUGAGGAGAAAGCAGCUGUUGAACAACGUUUGAUUGAAGAACAGAACGGAAUACAGAAGAGCUUGGCUGAAUUUACAGAGAAGAUUAAUGCCAUCAAUGCAGCGAAGGAGUCUGUCGAAGCUUCCUUGAAUAUAGAAAAGGCUCAGAAGGAGGAAUUGCAAAAGGAGAAAGAAGCACUGGACGCUCAGAUGGUCAUGCUCAGAGACAAUAGUGACAGUGCAGCCAAAGAGAUAGCGGGACGAUGCGCACAGUUGGAAGUACGAAUUAAGGAGGCUGAGUCUCAGGUCAGCGAGGAGAGGGCUGCAGUUCUGACGAAAGAAGAGGAACUUACAUCAUUGAAGAAACAGUUGGAAAAGAAUGAUUCUGAAUACAAGGCCAAACUUGAUGCUGUCGCUGCUGAACACGUAGGAAUCGUGGAGAAGCUGAACUCAUCUCUUCAAGAAGCCGAGUCAAAAUAUCAGGCGCUGGAGCAGAAGUGUGCCGGAUUUGAAGUCAAAGUAGCUGAUCUUGACAAGGCUCUUAUGGAAGAAAGAGAAAAAUCUAGCAACAUGGAUAAGGAGCUUAGAGAAAAGAUGGUCGCGGAAACAACGAAGUGGCGAACAGCUGAAGAAGCAUACAUUGAGAAGCUUGAACAAAGUCGAUUAUUAAUCGAGGUGGCUGCGUCGGAGAAAAGGGAUCUUGAACAAGCAAAGGAGAAGUCAGAAAGCGAGAUUAAGCAAAAGACGGAGGAGUUGAACAGCCUCACCGAGAAGUUGCAGAAUCUGACAAUGGAGCGUGACAAAGUAGCUCAAAGCAAAGCUGAAGUUGAAGAGCAACUGAGACAGCAAAAGGAAGCGUUUAGUAAUCUUCAAAGCACAAUCAAUGCAUCGAAGCUUGGUGAAGAUGCUAUGGCGAAAGAAUUGUCUUCUGCGCAAGAAAUUAGUGCCGAGCGACUUGCGGAGGUUAAUCGGCUACAAAAUCUAGUUCAAAGCCUCGAAGAGAAGUACCAAAUUGCGGAUUCAGCUUCCGCAGACCUCUCGUACAAGCUUGUUGCUGCUGAAAACCACGCAAAGAAAAUCGAAGAGGAAAGAAACGCAACUAUCAAGGAGCUGCAACAAUCUCUUGUGCAAGAAACAACCAUGCGAACAAAGGUUGAGAAAGAUCUUCGCUUGAAGUCCGAUGAGGUCUCAAGUCUCCAGAAUAACAUCGAUUCGCUGACAGUCAAAUCUGCGGAGAUGGAGAAUGCUUUAGACAAGCUAAAAUUGGAGCUUACUGCCAAACUUACAGAGUUGGACGAUGUUCGGAAAGAGAAAGAUAAAGCCGAUGUUGAGAAACAGACAGCGGAGAGUCAGGUGUCAACACUAACCUUGCAGUUGCAAGAAAUGGAGAAGAAAAUAGCUGCUUCGAAUCAAACUUUAGAGGAGCAAGCCAAACAAAGAAUUUCUGACUACGAGGCUCAAACUGUUAAACUAAAUGGAGACUUGGUAGCAGCCACUCAUAAGCAAAACGAAUUGACUCGAGAGUUGGCACUCAAUGUGGAAGAUUUGUCCCGCACGAAAGCUGAGCUCAACAAGUCAACCAAUGAGUCUGUUUUCUCGUAUUUCUUCUCAAGAUUACGUUAG